CAUAUAACUCAAAACAAGACGUCAUUUUAAAAAUAUAAUAGGUACUUAUUAUUUCUUAUCCAUUGUCAAAUCCGGCGGAGGAGCUAUAUUAUGUGGUUGUAUUUAAAAAAAAAGCAGUGAAUAUGAUGUGGAAAACUGUGUUUUUAUUGUCUUUGAUAAGCAACUGCUUAGCCCUUCCCUUCGGUUUGGGUGGAAUUUCGUCACAUUUGGAUAAAGCGAAAGGUCUCACCGACCAUUUAGGGUCAUUACCCGACGAGCCUAGUGAUGAUGACCUUUCGGACCCAUCAAAGAAAAUUCCGGGACAUGAUGACCUUUCUGACCCAUUGAAGAAACUCCCGGGACAUGAUGACCUUUCUGACCCAUUGAAGAAACUCCCGGGACAUGAUGACCUUUCUGACCCAUUGAAGAAACUCCCGGGACAUGAUGACCUUUCUGACCCAUUGAAGAAACUGCCGGGACAUGAUGACCUUUCUGACCCAUUGAAGAAACUCCCGGGACAUGAUGACCUUUCUGAUCCUUUGAAGAAACUGCCGGGACAUGAUGACCUUUCUGACCCAUUGAAGAAACUCCCGGGACAUGAUGACCUUUCUGAUCCUUUGAAGAAACUGCCGGGACAUGAUGACCUUUCUGACCCAUUGAAGAAACUCCCGGGACAUGAUGACCUUCUGCACCCUUUACACGACCAUCUCCUGGAUCCGCUAAAGAAAAUUCCAGGUCUUGAUGACCUUAAGCAUCCUUUGGAUAAAAUACCUGGAAAGGACGUAAUCCACCAUAUCCUUGAUCCACUACACAAACACCCACAUAUUCCCUCUAUUCCAGAUAUUCCUUCAGCAACUCCGUGCGAUGAUGACGCUGUAACUCCCCCAACAAAACCUGAUACACCCUCAGUGACCACACCAUCAGUUGCUACUCCAACUACGCCUAAAACACCAUCAGUUACUACUCCAACAACACCUAAAGCACCUUCAGCUACUACCCCUACUACUCCUUGCGAUGAAGAUGUCCCAACUACACCUAAAACACCGUCAGUUACUACUCCUAAAACCCCAUCAGUUACAACUCCUAAAACCCCAUCAGUUACUACUCCUAAAACCCCAUCAGUUACAACUCCUAAAACCCCAUCAGUUACAACUCCUAAAACCCCAUCAGUUACUACUCCUACUACUCCCAAAACGCCACCAGUCACCCCUCCAUGUGAUCAGGAUGAUCCAGCUAAAGGGACGCCGUCUUCUAAGCAUGAUGACCCUUCAGAAAUUCUAUCAAAAUUGAAACCUGAAGAAAAGAAGCAAUUGAAGAAAUUCCUCCAUUUCUUGGAUGGAAUUUUCAAAUCAGAAUAGAACCAAGUACUAAAGAUAUCUACAAUAAGCAUUAUUGGCGCUUUAUUCAGAACGUUUUGUAACGUCGAAUGUGUAAUUAAUAAGACAAAAAUCUAA